AUGGCAAUCGUGGCUGAGCUUGAGAGAGGUCCCCAAGGAUUGGGGAUCUCUCUUGCUGGCCACAAGGACCGUACCAAGAUGGCUGUCCUCAUCUGCGGUCUCAACCCGUCCACAGUCGUCUACCGAAGCACCCAAGGAACCCUCCAAGUCGGCGAUGAGAUUGUUGAGGCUUCUGGGUUCAGACGAAUCCUAGAACAGAAAGCUUCCUGCAUCAAAUGGCAAUCCCCAUUAGAAGAAAGAAAUGGUUUGAGACAGAGAUGGAGGAGAUAUAGAUUAUCGUUGGUAUGA